UAAAGAGAAAGGGGGAAUUUUUCUUCCCAGUGACGAUUUCGGGAAACCAAAUCCUUUGUGAGCCCGCUUUGUGAGCCCCCAUGCGUAAAAAGGCAGGACAGACAGGACGCAGCGCGAUGCGUCCUCUGCUGCUCACCUGAAACAGCAGCGCAGUGUACAGACAGGCAGCCGGGCCAACAGGUACAGAAAGGAGCGGAGCCGGAAGAACGAGCAGGUCUACUUGUCCUUAUAGCACUUUUUUUCCAAAGUAACUCCAGGUGUUCCUUAGAUUACAACUCUACUCUGUGCUUUUUUUAUUUAUUUUUUUAACACGAUUUAUUUAUGAAAGUGAAGCCGCAUCGGAGGAAACAUGACAGAGCAAGGAAAGAAGCUGAUUCUAAUCGUGGCGGAUAUUCUUUGUGUCUCUGUCGCGGCUCUGCCCUCAGCCAUCCUGACGCUGAUGUUUAGUCCGUACCAACGAGGAAUCUACUGUGAUGAUAAGAGCAUCAGCUAUCCCUACAGGAGAGACACCAUCUCCCAUGGCGCCAUGGCUGCCGUCACCAUCAUCUGCUCCAUCGUCAUUAUCACCACAGGAGAGGCCUACCUUGUGCACACAAAGCGUCUGCACUCAAACUCCCAGUUCAACCAGUACCUGUCAGCUCUUUAUAAGGUGGUGGGCACCUUCCUGUUUGGAGCAGCUGUCAGCCAAUCACUGACCGACCUGGCCAAGUUCACUAUAGGUCGUCCCCGUCCGAACUUCUUAGCCGUGUGCGCUCCGAUCAGCUGUAACGGAUACAUGCUGCAGAUCAACUGCACCGGCAACCCUCGCAAUGUGACUGAAUCCAGAUUAUCGUUCUACUCCGGCCACUCGUCCUUCGGGAUGUACUGCAUGCUCUUUCUGUCGCUCUACGUCCAGGCCCGGAUGCAGGGGAAGUGGACGCGACUGGCUCGACCAACCAUCCAGUUCUUCCUGGUGGCGUUUUCUCUGUAUGUAGGAUACACUCGUGUGUCUGACUACAAACAUCACUGGAGUGACGUACUGGUGGGGCUGCUGCAGGGAGCUCUGAUCGCUGUGCUCACUGUCCGAUAUGUGUCCGACUUCUUCAAGCAGCGCUCCCCACCGUGCACACGACCAGACACAGCAGAGAAUGAACACCUUGAACGCAAACCGAGCCCGCAGCCUCCCGACUCGCAGCAUGGAAACCACUACAACUACUCUGGACCUGUAUGAGCUCUUUGCUGCAGCAGCAGCAGAUACUUUUACUAACCUGGGCCUACACUCUCUAACAGCAGCUCCGUUACCAAAAGGACCUUACACAGAAAAAAACAAACAGUGCAGUUACCACUACCUGGAAAUCCAGACUAGACCUGCUCCACUCUGUGACAGCUUCCCAACAAUUUUACAGCCAUGAAAACUCAAGAGAUUCCCAAAACCUGUUGGAACAGAAGCUCCACCAUCUGUGUGUAUUUUAGUAAGGGUGUGUGUUAUGAAAAUGUGUGAUUGAUUUGCGGUGUGUUUUGUGUGUGUACUUGUGUAAAAGUGUGUCCGAAACUGUGCAAUGAUGUAUGUUUUUGUUUGUUUGUUUUUUCCCAAUUCUGCGCUACAUUUGAGAAAAACGUUUCAGAUUUGUGGGGGAGAAUUUAUGCUGUGAGUUAAAGUGAGCAAAGACUGCAAAGAGAUCUGUAGAUCUCAAAAACACCAACCAAAGAUUUCUCUUUGUCCUUGAAUGGAGUGACAAAACCUUGGAGGCUGAAUGUUUUCCACUUUGUUGCUUAUUGCAGUCAGAUAAGACUUUUGUUUUACCUACACUGGAGCUAGAUUAUAUCUGCCUGUCUCUGACACUUCUGUCCUUUUUCUCUGCAGAUGUCUCUAUAUUUUACUGUCUUUAGAAGAUGUGCAUGUGUGACGAUGGACUUCUUUAACUAUAUACAUGAUUAUAUAUAGUACUAACAUUUUGUGCUUAUAACUACUGUAUCUAAUAAAUUGUGUACCUUUUUAAGAAUGUAUUACCACUACUUUGCUGUGAUGUUACAGUACAACCUUUUGAGCUGGCAACAUUGUUCAAAUUCACUUCAAGUCUGACACAAACUAAACAUCUUCAUGGACCUCUUCCUUCCCUCUUUAUAACAUGUGCAACCUAUUGCACAUGUUGUAGCCAGUAUUUCUUUUGAGUGCUUACUUAAACAGAAAGGACAAAAAAAUAAAUGCAAAGGAGUCCUUUUGUGGUGAA